AUGCUCGAAGAGGUCGAUGUAUUUCGCGGCGUGCCAGGCUUUUACUGGGGCAUAUGGGCACUUAUCCAGGCGACGAUAUCAGACAUUGAUUUUGAUUAUGCCACAUAUGCAGAGGCCCGCUUGUCGGAGUACUGGGCCUGGAAAGCCGAGGUCAAUGGUGAGCGGGCUGCUUCGGGCGUUGAUAUGCCCCUGCGCGAGAGACGGUGGGCGCAGGAAAACGAAGAAGACAAUGGAGGGAGCUCGGUAGCAACAAGCAGUUUGCAGACCAGGGCUUCUACACAAAGUACUGUACCUAUCUGA